UACUAUAUAAACACUUUUACGCGGAGAGAGAGAGAGAGAGCUGCAGAUUUUCAGAGGAAAGAUGCAGAUUUUUGUGAAAACCCUUACGGGGAAGACUAUAACCCUAGAGGUCGAGUCCUCCGACACGAUCGACAAUGUGAAGGCCAAGAUUCAGGACAAGGAAGGAAUCCCGCCGGACCAGCAGCGAUUGAUCUUCGCCGGGAAGCAACUGGAGGACGGUCGGACACUCGCCGACUACAACAUCCAGAAGGAAUCGACGCUCCACUUGGUUCUCCGUCUCAGAGGAGGCGCGAAGAAGAGAAAGAAGAAGACGUACACGAAGCCGAAGAAGAUCAAGCACACGAAGAAGAAGGUGAAGCUCGCGGUUCUGCAGUUCUACAAGGUCGAUGGUUCGUGCAAAGUGCAGAGGCUGAGGAAGGAAUGCCCGUCUGUCGGUUGCGGCCCGGGGACGUUCAUGGCGAGUCACUUCGACAGGCAUUAUUGCGGAAAGUGCGGUACCACCUAUGCCUUCAAGGCUCCCGCUGACGAGUAGGUCAUGUUUCGCGGUUUUUGAUUGAACAGUUUCAAAUUUGGUUCUCUUUUGUUGACUCAAUUGGCAUUAUUUUUGUUUGGAUUCCAUUAGCUCCAUUACCCAAAUUUUGUUUUGAUGGAUUUUGUUGGCGGGUACCUUCAAUAUUUGAAUUGCCUCUAAUAUUAUGUUCUCGUAUCGUAGUUAUCUAUGGUUUCAUCAUA